CAUGUGCACUGGUGUGCCUGACGCAUCUGGAUGAACUGUGUCCGGAUGUCACCAGCGGCAUUAAUUAGUGAUUGGGUCGACCCCCCUAUAUAAAGGAGACGCGCCCACUGCUCUGCUCUGUCUCCAUACGAGCGAAGAUGAGCUACGGAUCUGAUGUCUUCUCCUCCUCCUCCUACCGGAGGAUUUUCGGGGAGUCUCCCCGUUAUGCCUCCUCUCCGUCGCGCACAACGGGCAACGCCUCUUCACGCGGAGGCUACCGGUCCUCUUCUCUGUCCCGAACCAACAUUUCAUCCCUGGGCUCAUAUAAAAAGUCCGGCCGCUCCUACUCUUCCAUGCCAUUGGAGACCUUCGAUUUGACACAGAGCACCGUCCUCAACAAUGAGUUUAAGAUCGUUCGCACCAAUGAAAAGGAACAAAUGCAAGGUCUUAAUGACCGCUUUGCAAUGUUCAUCGAGAAAGUGCGCAACUUGGAGCAGCACAACAAAGUGCUGGAAACGGAGCUAAUUGCUCUGCGCCAGCGGCAGACCGAGCCCUCCCGCCUAGCCGAGCUCUACCAACAAGAGAUUCGCGAAUUACGCUCCCAACUCGAUGAACUGAAUGGGGAGAAGUCCCAUUUGCUGAUCGAGAGGGAUACCAUUGAAGACGACCUUCAGAAGCUCAGGGGGAAAUACGAAGAGGAGUUCCGUGCCCGAGAGGAGGCAGAGGCCACCCUGAAGGCAUUUAAGAAAGACGUGGAUGAUGCUACGAUGGUGCGCCUCGACCUGGAGAAGAAGGUUGAGUCUCUCCUGGACGAGAUCAACUUCCUCAGGAAGGUGCAUGAAGAGGAGGUGGCCGAGCUGACGGACAUGAUCCAGGCCGCCCAGGUGUCUGUGGAGAUGGAGGUUGCCAAGCCGGAUCUCACCUCCGCCCUCAAAGAGAUUCGCAGCCAGUACGAGUCCAUGUCGUCCAAGAACCUGCAAUCCGCGGAGGAGUGGUACAAGACCAAGUUUGCGGAUCUGUCCGAGCAGGCCAACCGGAGUAACGAGGCCAUCCGCGCCAGCAGGGAGGAACUCAACGAGUUCAGGAGGCAGCUGCAGUCCAAGACCAUAGAGAUUGAGAGUCUGAGGGGAACCAACGAGUCUCUUGAAAAGCAGCUUCGGGAGAUGGAGGAAAGGCACUCUGUGGAGAUUGGUAACUACCAGGACAACAUGGCAGAGCUGGAAAAUGAGCUGAGGACCACUAAGAGCGAGAUGGCUCGUCACCUGAGGGAAUAUCAGGAUCUACUGAAUGUCAAGAUGGCACUGGAUAUUGAAAUUGCAGCAUACAGGAAACUACUGGAAGGAGAGGAGACCCGUAUCGGGACAGGCAUCUCCUACCCUGGCACCUCCAUGACCGCUGGGAUGGGGCAGGGCUACAACUACCAGACCCGCAUUUACACCAGCUCCGGCAAGAGCUCCAAGAAGGAGGGCAAGGAUGAGGAGCAGCAGCAGCAGAGCAAGCCUGGUGGCAAGGCGUCCCAGCGUGAAGUUUAUGAGGAGACAGUCGUCACCACCAAGAAGGUGGAGAAGCAGCAAGAUGAUAUUCCCACCAAUCAGAAAAACUAAGAGCAUCCUGUAAGCCUGUUCUUAACCCUAAAGGUCCCCCCUAAUCUUGUCAACCCAUUUCUCUCUUCAUGUCCCAACCUGGAACAAACCUAGAACCUCUGCACUUAAAGCACUCAGAUCUUUGCUUUGCCUUCUUAUUAGAAUCAUAGUAAGAUUAUCAAGUGAUUACAAUUGCAGGAUCUAUAGGUUUGUUUUAUGUUGGCGUGUUUCCACAUCCUUGUCCCAUUUGUUCCCCAAAGGAAAUCCAUUAUAACUCUACUAUAACCACUACAAAGAAGUCACAGUUCUCUCUCUCAACCUCAGCAUCAAACAAUAACAAGCACUUAGAGGUAGCAUCUCUUACAAAAAUGGUCUGAAGUACAAUAUGCAACUGGUCUUUGUCACAAAUCUUAUAUCGAUAUCUAGUACAGACACACAGUAGAUUAUAACUCCGGUUUCUCCGGUACCACAAGCUGUGAGUUUCUCUCGACACAUUCCAAGGGAAGCACGAGUCGCUUUUACAGGGAAGAACAUAUAAAACACAUUCGCUGCUACUGGCCUGCGUAUUCUAAGGAAGCACACCCUUUCUAAAACAAACAAUAAGAAAUGACUGUCAAACUCUUUGGAGGAAACUCUGCUGAAAUAGAUUCUUGCACAAUUCUUCUUAUCUUGAUAGGUGCAUCAGUGGUUUGACUGCAGCCUCAUCAGCUCUGCAUGACCACAGUAUGAAGGAGGAUUAAUGUCCUCAUUCGAGCACUGAGCCUUUUUUUGAAUUCCUGGUGAAAUUUUAUUAACAAGGAUUACUGUAGCUAUUUAAAUGAGAUUAAGUCUUGAAACAAGCAAGAAAACAAAAACUAAAUUAAGCAUAAUCUGCAUGGUGUGUGUAGACGUCAUGCUUGCAUGGAAUCCAUCAGGCCAUCGCUCAUUCAGCGCUCGGGCAAUGCUGCCCUCUUCACCACAGGCCAAGUUGAACAUCAUUGUGCACAACAUUGUUAAUGACUGUGAUAGACAUGUAUUUGUUAGCCUGUAAGCUAGAUAUGAGACUCUUAGAAUGUGACUUGAUCUCUGUCGUCGAUGCCAUGAAGAAAAGGAGGAAUCCUCUCUGAGGCACUUAAAUAGGAAUGGAAAUUACAGUUUGGUAAUGAUGAACAGUUUGCACAAUGUGCUAUGAAGGAUACAGGGGAAAGUAUUUUAUACAUUCCAGUCAAUUAGAGACUGAAUUGUAAUUUUGUUUUAGCACAAACGCAUGAGGUUCUGUGUGAUCCAUCAAUCUGGGAGUGAUGAAUAGUAGACAUAGACCAUAUAAUUCUAUUUCCCAUGCAGAUUUCCAACCAAGAAUCAGUCACUCAUCCUAAAGAAUAGAAAAAAAAAAGAAAAACAAAAGUAAAGUCAAAACUUGCCAAACCACCAUAUGUUUCAAACAACUUGACCUCUCUGUUUUUAUCUGUGGCCAUGACUGGAUAAAGCGUCUGUUGUAGUUUGACCUUACCACUAGAAACCUUCAAUAUAAGAGACUUGUAGCUUGUUUUUUCUGCUUGUGCACUGCCAACUCUGUCACAGCUAUCUUACUGUCUUGCUGCUGGUCAUGGUGCUUAAUGCCCUGACAAACUGCACUCACACUACAAACAGAAAGAAACAAACAAACAAAAAAAACAACCUUCUGAUUGUAUGGCAGACUGAUGUGGGCUGGAUUCCUGUAGUUUUACCUGAAGCUUGUAUCUUAGUACUGUACUAAGUGUGUUUGUUUCUCUACACAGUGGCCUAUCAUAACUGGAGUUGAACGCAUAUUUUAUUGCAUACGCUAUAGCAGUGUAUGAAUUGUUCAUGGUUGCAAAGCCUUUAUCCUUACACUGUAAACCAAAAGCGCUUUCUUGGGUGUUGGAAAAAAGAAAAAAAAAAAACAACUCACCACUACAUCACUGCCAAACUUUUCUAACUGCACGUUCAUGGAAAAAAUAAAAAAAAAAAGAAGAAGAAGAAGGAGCAUUUCUGAAAAUUCAGUACGCCACCAACCAAUAACCAACUAUCAAUACUGUAAAACAAAUACUGUAGGAUGUGAAAUGCCUUAAAACACCAGCAGCUUCUGGCCAUGUGUUCAACGUGUAUGAUUCUGUUCAGUGUGGUGUUUAAUAAUUACCAUCUCUUUAGUAGCUUUUAUUGUAGUUGCCAUGAUGACAAAAGCAUAGGGACUGAAUGUAGUUGACAUGCUAUUCUCUUUACUGUUAUUACUACUUAUGUAUUGUUGUAUGACACCAUAUCAAUAAAGACUUGACUUUACUGGGGCUGCA